GGGAGAGAAACGCGAGUUGGUAAACAAGCUCGCGCACCUCGUGGUGCCGCGGGGCGGAGGCGAGCGGAGUCGCUGAGCGGGCACGACGCUGCUGCUGCUGCUGCUGCGAAGCUCUCCUGCCUGGGGAGGUAAGCGAGCGAGGGCACUGGAAGUGGUCAGUCAUGGCAGGCGAUGCCAUCAUGGUGAUGCGAGGACUGGCAAAGCUCAGCAAGGCAGUUCUAGAAACACAGACGGUACAGCUUCGGCAAGUUGUCCUUGGUGGUGAUGCAGUAACCAUGGUCAGGAGCUUCCAGGCCACUGCUGAAGAGCAGUUCAGUGCUGCCAUGGGGAAAAUGCAGGAUCUGGGCAAGCAACAGGAGAACUUGAAAGAUAUUGGUGAGGACUUUGGAAAAGACGAGAGCUUCUCUGAAUCGGAGCUGGGAGGUGCUGCAAAGGACUUCUACCCUCCCCCUCUAGAACACCCUCCCAAGUCUGGUGGUGCAGAGGGCCCGUCUCACUCGUACGUUGCCGGAGGACCUUUACCAAACGUCGGUGAGAGCGGAGACCCUAGUGUGGGUUGGAACCCCAUCUCUGCCAAAGUGAAUGCAAAGCUCUUUGGAGGCUUUAGGGACCCUUGGAAUCCUUCUGCUCCUGCUUGGGGGCAAAGCCGGGCUUUUCACCAAGACCAUUCCUCGGUGGGCGGACUCACGGCUGAAGAUAUUGACAAAGCCAGGCAGGCGAAAGCAGAUCCACAACAGAAACCAUACAAACAGAUGCUCAGUGAACGUGCCCGGGAGCGAAAGGUGCCAGUUACUCGAAUUGGGAGACUCGCUAAUUUUGGAGGCUUAGCUGUUGGUCUUGGCAUCGGAGCCUUGGCAGAGGUUGCGAAAAAGAGCCUUAGAUCCGAAGAGCAGAAUGGCAAAAAGGCUGUUAUGGAUACCAGUCCAUUUAUGUCGGAGGCCAAUGCAGAGAGAAUCGUGAGGACCCUCUGCAAGGUUCGAGGAGCAGCGCUGAAGCUGGGGCAGAUGCUGAGCAUCCAAGAUGAUGCCUUCAUCAACCCUCAUCUGCAGAAGAUUUUUGAACGUGUCCGUCAGAGUGCAGACUUCAUGCCACUGAAGCAAAUGAUGAAAACUUUGAACAAUGACCUUGGUCCCAACUGGCGUGAUAAGUUGGAGUUCUUUGAAGAGCGACCUUUCGCUGCAGCUUCGAUUGGACAGGUUCACCUGGGGCGCUUGAAGAACGGGAAAGAAGUUGCCAUGAAAAUCCAGUAUCCUGGAAUAGCCCAGAGCAUCAAUAGUGAUGUCAGCAACCUGAUGACUGUCCUGAGCAUGAGCAAUGUUCUCCCAGAAGGUCUCUUCCCUGAGCAUCUGGUUGAAGUGCUGAGCAGAGAGCUGGCCCUGGAAUGCGAUUACAAGAGAGAAGCUGCCUGCGCUAAGAAAUUCAGGGAGCUGCUCAAGGACCACCCCUUUUUCUAUGUUCCUGCUGUGGUGGAGGAGCUGUGCAGCCCACAUGUCCUGACGACGGAGCUGGUGACUGGGUUCCCGCUGGAUCAAGCCCAAGAACUCAGCCAGGAGAUAAGGAACGAGGUAUGGUCGCCUGGCCCCUUUUCAGCUUGGAGGUGGAGGAAGGAGAUCGGUAGAGCCAGAGGACACGAGCCUCUUCCUCAGGCCAUUUUGCGAGAGAGGUCCUUUGAAUGGACAGGUUGGGGCCAUGCUAAGUAUUGUGUGCAGAAAUCGAUCGCUUGGGAAUGGUGGGCACCCUAGAAAAUGUUUUGCUAC